AUGCCGUACAAAUCCCGCUGGCGGAUCGAUGUCCCCAACGCCCACCUAGCAUCACAGCUACUGACCUCCCCCACCGCACCCCUAUCCAAGACCGAUAGAUGUUUCCUGGACGCCGAACGCGCCGACACGCACUAUUUUACGACCCAUGACUUCCGGCUCUGGAGCCAGCGGUUCGCGGCCGGACUACGAAAGUCGGGUCUGCGCCCGGGAGACCGCGUGCUGAUGUUCUCCGGCAACGACCUGUUCUUCCCCGUAGUGUUCAUGGGCAUCAUCAUGGCCGGGGGCAUUUUCACGGGCGCAAACCCGAUGUUCGUGCCGCGCGAGCUUGCCUACCAGCUCAAGGACAGCGGAGCGACGUAUCUGAUCUGCGCGCGCGCCAGCCUCGACACGGCGCUUGAGGCAGCCAGACUAGUUGGCAUGAGUCGGGACAAGGUAUUCGUGUUCGACAACACGCUGUACGAUGGACACGGGGUCGGGGAAAAGGGGUGUCGAUACUGGGGGGAACUGGUAGCAACGCCAGAAGAAGGCGCGGGAUUUGCGUGGGACGAGCUGCGGACACCCGAGCUGGCGGAUCGGACGCUCGCGCUCAACUACUCGAGCGGUACGACGGGAAACCCUAAGGGCGUGGAAAUUACCCACAAGAACUACGUCGCCAACAUGCUGCAGUUCACGUACAUUGAGCACCUUCACCCGAACUAUGAGGACAAGAAGGCUCGCAAACGCUGUCUAUGUUUCUUGCCGUUGUACCAUGCCAUGGCUCAGAUGAUUAUGAUCGCCGCCACGUUGGCCCUGAACACGCCAGUGUAUAUCAUGCCGAAAUUCGACUUCAUCCAGAUGCUCGCGUACACGCAGAAAUACCGCAUUACGGACUAUGUGCUCGUGCCACCGAUCGUGGUGGCCUUGGCCAAACACCCGGCGGUCAAGCAGUUUGAUCUCAGUAGUGUGGAGGAUAUAGGGUGUGGCGCUGCCCCGUUGGGCAGAGAGGUCUGUGACCAGGUGCAGGCUCUGUGGCCUCCGGGGAAGGUGAAUAUCAGGCAAGGUUAUGGAAUGACUGAAACCACCUGUUCGAUCAUGAAUUGGGAUCCCCGGAAGAAGGGUUUCUCGGCUGCUGUCGGGGAGCUAAACGCCAGCUGCGAGGCGAAAAUCAUGGCGGAGGACGGUGUGACUGAACUCACAGAACGCAACCAGCGCGGAGAGUUGUGGUUGCGCGGACAGAAUGUCAUGAAGGGAUACUGGCAGAAUCCGGAGGCCACCAAAGCAACGAAGACCGAAGAUGGGUGGCUCAAGACGGGCGAUGUUGCUUUCGUUGACGACCACGGCCAUUUUCACAUUGUAGAUCGGCUGAAGGAGUUGAUCAAGGUCAAGGGCAAUCAGGUUGCCCCCGCUGAGCUGGAGGCCUUACUGCUGGAACACCCAGCCGUCGCAGAUGCCGCUGUGAUCGGAAUUACCACCAACAACGAUGAGCGGCCCCGCGCCUACGUUGUGCUCAAGCCCGGUCAAGCCGCUUCGGCCAAGGAUAUCGUGCAGUUCAUCGAUGGCAAGGUGUCGCCCAUCAAACGGAUCACUGGCGGGGUAGUCUGCGUCGAUGCCAUUCCCAGAAAUCCAUCAGGGAAGAUUUUACGCAAGACGCUCCGCGAGCAGGCUCAGAAAGAGCUGAAGAAAGGCAUCCACGCCAAACUGUAG